AUGAAACUCGCAACAUUUUUGUCGUUUUUUGCCGCGACGGCUUUUGCAGCACUUUCGAAUAAUACGAAUAAUCCAAAUGGAUACGAUCCGCUCUUCGACUGGAAUAUCGUCAACGACAAUGAGUAUCUCAAAGAGUAUAAUGUGACGUACACGGAUUUGAUCAACAAGCCGAUUCAGUUGUGGAUCUGGAUACAAGCUGUUUGGAUGCAAGGGCAGGUUUGGUAUCAACUCUCAGAGCAAUACGGAAACGGUUGGGUCGAGAAAUUCUCUCGUGAAAAUGUCGACUCGCGCUGUAUGAUCAACUGGGCGCGGGAUAUGGAAGUCAUCGUUGAAGAAUUCAUGGCAAUCGUCGAGUUCAGCAUUGAAGACUGGGCACAGUUGCUCUACCCUGCUCCUUGCUGCAUGUAUGAUCCGGAUGAGAUUCGAGCUUUGUACCUGGUUCCGUAUCAAGAAGCGAUUACGAAGGUUCUCGCUUGGUCAGGAGAGUGGACUUAUCGAUACUGGGAGAUGCUUUUUGGAUACAACGGAUGGGUUGAAGUUGGACAAGGAUGGGUUGUUAAGUGGGAGACCGAUUUUGAGUGGCAUAAACUUUCUGACGUCACGCACUAUCUACGAGUCUGGGUUGCUGAUCUUGAACGACACUCAUUCUGGAGCAUCGAAGCUUGGGAAGACAUCAUCUGCGGUCCCCGAGAGGAAAUAACCGGAACAUGCACUUGGAAGACGGUUGAUGGAAAAGCAGUCGCGAAGGAUGUUUUCCACGUUUUGGACAUUUUGGUCGACAAGCUCGAUGAAACCUUGCAGUGGUUCUCGCUUGUCAUUGGAAACAUUAUCGAUGCGACUGCGAACAAAAAUGAUCCAAAUGAGAAAAUAUAG